GUUCCCGUCCUACCUCGUCGCGUCCCUGCUGCAUCGACCCCGUCCGCAGCUUCAGGCGUUGGUUUCUGAAGGAGGGAUGGGGAAGAAGGUGAAGGCCAAGUCAAAGAAAGCGCAGCAGCGGGACACGCUGGCUGACGCCGGAUCCGGCGACGAGGUGGAGGCGUCCCAGGACGCGGCCAAUUCGACGGAGGAAGUGGCCGUGGCCGACAGGGAGCAUUGCGGCCACUGCAGCCGCGACGGUCCCUACUUGGACAAGCUCCUCCGGGAGAUCAUCACUUCCAAGCAUCUCGUGUCGUGCGAGCAUUGCCGGGACGAAGGCCCGCGCAAGAAAGGCGGGGGCAAGCAGCAGCAGAAGAAGAAAGGGGGUGGAGGCGGCCCGAAAGGCGCUGCUGCCAAAGCCAAGGCUGAGAAGAGCAAUAUGUGGGUCUGCCUGGACUGCGGCCGGCAUUUCUGUGGCGGUGAGAUGCCAGAUACCACCAUGCCGUAUGGCCAUGCCAGAAGGCACGCCAAGCAGGACCGGCAUUGGUGGGCAGCGCGGUAUGACCAGCCAACUAUCGUCUACUGCGUGUUAUGCCAAAACCAGGUGCCUAUCGAGAUGCCUACGGUGCAGACAUUUGUUGCAGCACCAGCGGCAGUCCCUGACAAGAAGAAUAUUGGUGCCGUGGGUAGCAAUGCGUUGGUUCUGGCAAAUAACCAUGGUACUGUGAUUAAAGGGCUGCCAAAUCUUGGAAAUACCUGUUUCUUCAAUUCAGUGCUGCAGAGCCUCCUAGCGCUUGAUAUGUUUCGCACCAAGAUGUUAGGACCAGAUGUUGCAGCAGGCGCCAUUACUAUGUCGCUGAAGAAGCUGUUUGUAGAAACGAGUGCUUCAAAUGAUGCGGGAGGUGCACUGAGCCCAAAGAGCCUCUUCUCAAGUAUCAGCUCAAAAUACCCUCAGUUCAAAGGCUACCAGAUGCAGGACAGCCACGAGUUACUCCGCUGUUUUCUCGAUGGUUUAGGCACGGAGGAAACUGAAGCGCGCAAGCUAGCGGAGGAUGCUUCCAGUGCAGGGGUUCCUACCAUUGUUGAGUCCAUCUUUGGGGGUCAGCUGUCUAGUACUGUGUCCAGCACAGAGUGCACACACGGAUCUGUUAAACAUGACCAAUUCCUUGAUCUCUCCCUACCAGUUCCAUCAAGGAAGACUCCACCCAAGAGAGUUUCAUCACCACUAGCCAAGAAGACCAACCAAUCCAUACGAGACAGGAACAAAAAUCGCAGAUACGCGAAGCCUAUUACUCGAGUAUUUCCAACAAUAGUGGAGAGUAACAAAGAAAAAGUCCAAACAGUUGCUGAAUGCACUGAUUCCCAGAUUCCAGUUUCGGAAUUGGGACAGGUUGUCAGCGAGAAAGAGCCGGAUCCCUCUGCCUGCACUGAAUCAUGUGCUUCUGUUCCCAACCAUGAACUGAAGACCGCUUCACCUGUGGAGGAUGCCAUAUCCUGGUUGGAUUAUCUUGCUGAUGGAGAUGAAACAUACUCUGAGAUUCUUGAUUCUGCAUGCUCUACUGAAGCAGGAGAGAUCUGGGAAAGCACAGAUGCCAUACAUGGUUCACUUCACAGUCGAGAUGAUGCCUUGCCCAAAGAGCAGGCCUUGAGUUCUGAGCACUCAGGUGAGGACAUUGUUGACAAUGCAGCUUGUUUGCAGCCUGUUAUCUUGCUUCCUUACAAAGAAGUUGGUACCAUUGCUGAAGGAAUGGAAGGAACUGCAGAAAGCUCACAAAAUCCAAACUUUAUUGGUCCCCUUCCAGCCGUUUCGCCAGUAGAUGGAGACGAAGAUGACUGUUUUGGUCUUGGUGAUAUGUUUGGUGAGCCUGAAGUAACUUCUGAUGCUAACAAAGAAACUGGUACAACUGGAGAUAUUGAUGUGAUGGCUUGGAGUAGCAAUAGUGCUGAUGAUGAAGUGGAUGAUAGUAAUGCUCCCAUAUCAGUCGAGGGCUGCUUGGCUUUGUAUACUGAACCGGAGCUGCUAUCUGAAUCAUGGCAUUGUGAGCACUGUUCAAUAGCUAUUGUAGACCCAAACACCAAUGAAUUAAAAGAGAAUGAGGAGACGGCAGCUAGUGACAGAGAGGAAAGUGAGGAGAUGAUGGCAAAUGGCGAUGAAAAACAAGAUGAUGAUAAAUUCACUGUGAGCUGCAGGAAAAAGGAGGACAUCGAUGAGAUUACGGCAACUGAUGGUUGCUCUAACAAUGUAAAUGCUGACAUGUGCUGUAACGAAGGGGUGUGUACAAAUCCUCCUUUGAUCGAUGCUGAGAACACAGCUGAUGGUAAUUCUCCAAACAUGGAAAAUACUACUUCGCUGGAAAAAGGUGAAGUGUUUACCAUUAACACUACCGAGCAGCCAGACAGUAAAACAAACCACCAGGAGUGUAGGGAUUUGAGCAGCUCAGAAGUGGAAUCUACAUCUACCAGUGAGCAACCGCAUGACUCUGCCCAGCAUAACGAUGGGCAUAACGUGGAUGUAGCUGCUGAAGAAACAAGUGUGCCUGUGAGUUGUGUUGAUAAUGACUCUGCCUCUUGCAGUACUACUAGCUACAAAAAGGCUGAAUCUGGUGCUAAUGCUGAAGAAGGUGUGACUAGUAGCCUUCCAUCAGAGACGCAAAGCAUCUUACCCAGCGACGAAGAUAAUGAAGAUGGCUUCACGAGGAAUAUUGGAAGGAGGAAGAAAAUGAAGAUGCUUGGCAAGGCAAACAAAGGAAAAGAUAACCAAAAUAAACAGAAAGAGGAUAAAACAAAGGGAAUAAAGAUGGUUGGCAAGGCAAACAAAGGAAAAGAUAACCAAAAUAAACAGAAAGAGGAUAAAACAAAGGUUUUCAGAGCUGCAAUGAGGAGAAUUCUUAUCAGCAAGGCACCACCUGUAUUGACAAUUACUUUGAACAGAUUCAGCCACGACUCUCAUGGUCGGUUCAGGAAACUGAAAGGGCAUGUGUGCUUUAAGGAGACACUGGAUAUACGGCCGUUCAUGGACCCAAGAUCUAAGGAGAAUGACAGCACCACUUAUAGGCUAGUUGCUGUUGUCGAGCACAUGGGAACCAUGACAGGUGGACAUUAUGUCGCAUAUGUAAGAUCUGGCAAGAUAGGGGGUCGGCAGCAGCAGAGCCGCGCCUCGAAGUCUUGGUUUUAUGCAAGCGACUCACAAGUCAGAGAAACCUCUCUGCAGGAAGUUCUUAACUGUGAGGCUUACAUUCUUUUUUACGAAAGGGUGGCGGAGCAAGAUAACAUAUCCGGUGGUCUACUCAUGAACCAGUGAGUAGCCAGGGCAAGAUCAAUGUCAAGCAAGAGGUGGUGAGCACAUUAUUUUUUGGUGGGUAGUCAGAGUCGGCCUGGGUAUGAACCAAUCUGUUCAUACUGCCUACAGUAAUUUUUAGGGAGCAUAGUUGGAGGGGUGAAAAAUUUUCAGAAUCGGCGAACAGUUCAUACAUAUGUGUCUCGGCAAGGUCUUGUUGAGCGUUGUUGGUUGUAUCGCUUUACAAGUCGAAACCAUAGACAGCUUGGUGCACUUUUUUUUGGGUAUGUUUAGGACGCCCCUAAAUUUUGAGUGAUGGGGGCGUAUACUGUAACAUGUAGCUCCAUCUUAAAGUAGAAAUGACAUACUUGCUUUACAUUA